AGGAAAUCUGAGAUUCAUAACAUCUUAUAGUUUGGCUUGUCAUCACUGGUCAUGCGGUGGGCCCAAAAUAAACUCCCUGCUUCAAAGGAGAGCACUUCAGAGCUGCCGGGCAGUGCAGCCAGAAACUCAGGGCCGGGACAGAGAGAAAACUCGGGGGGCAUGCUCUGAAUUAAGACACCUUCAAGAAAAUCCUUUUUAUUACCCCUGAAUUGUACCCUUGUUUCUGAACCUAACAGGGUUUUCUGAUUUGCUACUUCCUCCUUCCCAUGAAGUGUCUCUUCCGGAGGCCAGGUUGAGAGGUGGGAGAGGAUGGCCACGGAGAUCAGUGCCCGGGGCAGACAGCGUGCCAUUGGGCAUGAGGAGUACAGCCUGUAUAGCAGCCUGAGCGAGGAUGAGCUGGUCCAGAUGGCCAUAGAGCAGAGCCUGGCUGACAAGACACGGGGCCCAGCCACCGUUGAGGCCACUGCAUCUACUCGUGCCAACCGGCAGCCCGCCCAUUCCUGUCCAGGUACCAGGUCCACUGCCACCGAGAGCCCUCCAGCCCCGGCCCCCAAGGGCUUGUUCCAGGAGGUCAUGAAGAAAUACAACAGCCGCUUAUCCAAGACGUCCCAGCUGGCGGCCGUGGACCCCGUGCUGAAGGCCAUCAAGGAAGGCGAUGAAGAGGCCUUGAAGGCCAUGAUCAAGGAGGGCAAGAACCUCGCGGAGCCCAGCACGGAGGGCUGGCUGCCGCUGCACGAGGCCGCCUACUAUGGCCAGCUGGGCUGCCUGAAGCUCCUGCAGCGAGCAUACCCAGCAACCCUCGAUCUGCGCACCCUGCAGGAGGAGACGGCGCUUUACCUGGCGACGUGCAGGGAGCACCUGGACUGCCUCCUCUGGCUGCUCCAGGUGGGGGCCGAGCCCGACAUCUCCAACAAGUCCCGAGAGACGCCCCUCUACAAAGCCUGCGAGCGCAAGAACGUGGAGGCGGUGAGGAUUCUGGUGCAAUACAAUGCAGACACCAACCAUCGCUGCAACCGAGGCUGGACAGCUCUGCACGAGUCUGUCUCUCGCAAUGACCUGGAGGUCAUGGAGAUCCUGGUGAGCGGAGGCGCCAAGGUGGAAUCCAAGAACGCCUACGGCAUCACUCCUUUGUUCGUGGCUGCCCAGAGUGGGCAGCUGGAUGCUCUGAGGUUCCUGGCCAAGCAUGGCGCCGACAUCAACACGCAGGCCAGCGACAGCGCGUCUGCCCUCUACGAGGCCUGCAAGAACGGGCACGAGGAGGUCGUGGCGUUCCUGCUGUCACAGGGCGCCGAUGCCAACAAGACCAACAAGGACGGCUUGCUCCCGCUGCACAUCGCCUCCAAGAGGGGCAACUACAGGAUCGUUCAGCUGCUGCUGCCGGUGACGAGCCGCACGCGCGUGCGCCGUAGCGGCAUCAGCCCGCUGCACCUGGCGGCCGAGCGCAACAACGACGAGGUGCUGGAGGCGCUGCUGGGCGCGCGCUUCGACGUGAACGCGCCGCUGGCGCCCGAGCGCGCGCGCCUCUACGAGGACCGCCGGACCUCGGCGCUCUACUUCGCGGUGGUCAACAACAACGUGUACGCCACCGAGCUGCUGCUGAUGGCCGGCGCCGACCCCAACCGCGACAUCAUCAGCCCGCUGCUCGUGGCCAUCCGCCACGGCUGCCUGCGCACCAUGCAGCUGCUGCUGGACCACGGAGCCAACAUCGACGCCUACAUCGCCACGCACCCCACCGCCUUCCCCGCCACCAUCAUGUUCGCCAUGAAGUGCCUCUCGCUGCUCAAGUUCCUCAUGGACCUCGGCUGCGACGGCGAGCCCUGCUUCUCGUGUCUGUACGGCAACGGCCCGCACCCGCCAGUCCCGCAGCGCGCCAGUCGGUUCCACGACGAGCCCGCCACAGACAAAGCGCCCGGCGCGGUCCAGUUCUGCGAGAUCCUCUCUGCCCCAGAGGUGAGCCGCUGGGCUGGGCCCAUCAUCGACAUCCUCCUGGACUAUGUGGGCAACGUACAGCUGUGCUCGCGGCUGAAGGAGCACAUCGAGAGCUUCGAGGACUGGGCUGUCAUCAAGGAGAAGAACCUCCAAGACCUCUGGCUCACCUUUGCCGGCUGCAGGUUCGAAAGGCCAUUGGGAAGUAUCGGAUAAAACUCCUAGACAUGUUGCCACUCCCGGGCAGGCUGAUCAGAUACCUGAAGUACGAGAACACCCAGUAGGUGAGCCACGCAGAAGAAGGAGUGGCUCCUCAGUCUGUUUUCACUGUGCCUCAGGACAAUGGUGUGCCCAAAUCCAAAGGUGCCGGUGACAGCGCACGGCCACAGGCUGCCUCCCUCUCGGCCGGGAAGAUGCUGUGAUCUCUGGGCGCAGAAUCUCUGGGCAGAACUUUGCUGAGAGCUGAGGACAGAACAUGGCAAGUAGGAGAACAAUCGUGUGGUCAAACCAAUGAGUAGAUCCCAGACUUCUCUGCCAUUGGGAAUGGCAGAAACCUCCAUUCCUGGGGCCGGGAGAGGCCAGCUGAGGCAGUGCUGGGGAAGGCGGGGGGCCAGCCGAGAUUCCAGGCCCCAACUCUGGGCUGCGGAUGAAGGACUUUUAACAGGGCUGGGCCUGCCUUUCCCAGGCAACCUCGCUGCAUGGUUUUCCUGGCACCUCCUUCCCCUUUGCUCUGUGAAACCCUCCACUUGACUUCUUAGCUUUCUACCUGAAGACAUGGCCUGGGCAGGGAGACCUUCAGGCACAGAGAGCUUUGCUGAGUACAAUAAAUGCACAGGUGUCCUG